GUCAAAGCUUUUUCUUAUGCUGCCAAUAAUUAUAUUGAUGGUUAUAUUCCUCCUGGAUAUAAUAAAUUGAGGACAACUUUGCUUGAGAAAGAGAAGCAACAUGUGGAGAGAAUGUUAGAACCUACUAAGAAUUCAUGGAGUGGAAAGGGAGUGAGCAUUGUAAGUGAUGGAUGGAGUGAUCCCCAAAGGAGGCCUCUUCUUAAUUUUAUGGCUGUAACUGAAAGUGGGCCUAUGUUUUUGAAAGUUGUAGAUUGUUCAGAUGAGAUCAAAGACAAGGAUUAUGUUGCAAAGCAAAUAAGAGAUGUGAUAAGAGAAGUCGGUCUCUCAAAUGUAGUGCAGAUUGUGACUGAUAAUGCGCCGGUUUGUAAAGCGGCUGGUUUAUUGAUUGAAGCUGAAUUUCCAUCUGUUUUUUGGACUCCUUGUGUUGUUCAUACUCUCAACCUUGCUUUAAAGGACAUUUGUGCAGCUAAGAAUACAGAGAAGAAUAAUUUUGUUUAUCAAGAAUGCUCAUGGAUUACUCAAAUUGCUGACGAUGUUUCUUUUAUAAAAAAUUUUAUUGUUAAUCAUCAUAUGAGGUUAUCUAUUUUCAAUGAAUUUAAUACAUUGAAGUUGCUUAAUGUUGCUCCUACUCGAUUUGCUUCUACUAUUGUGAUGCUCAAAAGAUUUAGGUUGUUAAAGCAAGGCCUCAAAGAGAUGGUUAUAAGUGAGAAGUGGUCUUCAUAUAAGGAAGAUAAUAUUGGCAGAGCUGAAGUUGUUACAGAAAAGAUUUUGAGUGAAAAUUGGUGGCAAAAAAUUGAUUAUAUUCUUGCUUUCACAAAUCCUAUUUAUGAUGUUUUAAGAAGUACAGACACAGAUGCACCUACUCUUCAUUUGGUCCAUGAUAUGUGGGAUUCAAUGAUCAAGAAAGUAAAAAGUGCUAUAUAUCUCUAUGAAAGAAAAGAUGAACAAGAGUCAUCGUCCUUCUACGAUGUUGUGCACUCAAUAUUAGUUUAAAGAUGGACAAAAAGUAGCACACCUCUUCAUUGUUUAGCACAUUCAUUGAAUCCAAGGUAUUAUAGCCACCAAUGGUUGAGAGAAGAUCUUACACGAGUUUCUCCUCAUCAAGAUAUUGAGAUCACUAAUGAGAGAGUUAAAUGCUUGAAGAGGUAUUUUCCUAAUGAAGAAGAAAGGAGAAAGGUAAACAUUGAAUUUGCAAACUUUUCUGAUGGUAGAGGUGUCUUUGAUGAUUAUGACUCUUUGAAUGAUAGAGGCAUAGUUGAUGCAAAGUCUUGGUGGCUAAUUCAUGGUAGUAAAGCAAAAUUUCUUCAACUAAUUGCUCUUAGGCUACUAGGGCAACCAUCUUCAUCUUCUUGUUGUGAAAGGAAUUGGAGCACAUAUUCUUUUAUCCAUUCCCUGAAAAGAAACAAGUUGAAGCCUAAACGUGCAAAAAAUUUAGUAUUUGUCCACACUAAUCUUCGUCUUCUUUCAAGAAAAAUUCCACAAUAUAAUAAAGGAGAAACUAUGAUGUGGGAUAUUGCUGGAGAUGCUUUUUCACCAAUUGAUGAAGAAAAUGGUGUUCUUGAAGUUGCUCACCUUUCUCUUGAUGAACCGGAGUUAGAAAGAGUGACUUUUUCUAAUGAUGAAGAUAUCAACCAUAUAUGAUGGAGAAAGAAUGACUUUAGAUAACUUUUUUUUUGUGUACAUGUGAUGUACAAAAUUCUUACUAUCUUUAUUAAGACAUAGAAAUUUAAAAUUUUUAUCUUUUGAAUACCUAUACACUUUAGGAAAAAUACAUAUCAUAUGGUUGUUUUUGAAAUAUCUCUAUUAAGACAUAUCUCUAUUUAAAUAUAUUAUAUUAUUAAUAUAUGCGUAUCCCCGUGUCCGACAACUUUUUAAAAUUCGC